AUGCAGCAGACGCCAGCCGUUGACAGGGAAGUUUUCGAUGAACCUCAGCCGCGACCCAGAGUGCGCCACAAAUCUCCCAGUGAAGUCAGCACCGAACAGUCAGGUAGCACGAGAGAUGCAACGACUGAGGAGAACGAAGACGAAGAUGACUACCUUUUCGUCGGCGCACAGACAGUGCACGAUGUCUCGAAGAUGCUUCGUCCGAACGAUUUCCGACUCUAUUAUCAAUUGCCAUCGCCCAGCGAAGCUACUGUUCCUUUCGAGAUACCACUGUACCUCUCAUACAUGAGUGCUGCCAAGAAGGUGUACCACUUUCCUGUGGUGUGCACGAAAGACAAAGAGACCGGAAAGGAGGAAUGGCGAGUGGUGUAUGGCGAUCCGAGGCCAAUUACGUUUGCAACACUGUCAGCCCUGGUCAAAUACCAUAAAAUUUAUUCGUACAUGGAUCCAGAGACCGGAGCCGUUGAUACAUUCCCGGUAUGGAAGGGUACUGUGAUCGAUCUUGAUAUGAGUGAUUAA